AUGGCAACACGCGACUACUCCGCUCUUGACAGCGCGGCGAAAGCCAACCUCGACUUAGUCUUCUCCGCGAUACACGACAGCGUCAUCAGGAAGCCCAACAUCAACUGCAUCUACUUUCAGCCGCCCCAGGCUGUCAUCACGUCCGCCCCGCACGACCUGCAGCUGGAAUGGCUCUGCAAAAACUACAACUCGUUGUGUCUCACUGGAUUCGAUGCUACGACCACACAAGACAUCAACCUCGUUCGAGGGUUGUGGUUCUACGCACUCGACCCCGAGCACUCGUUCUCUCGCUACUAUAGGAUGGUCCGAUACAACCUCGUCGGAAUGGCCUACGCGUGGUCGCUCGACUUCCCCGUCGACAUGUGCGGACCUGGUAACGAAGUGCGCGACUUCGUGAACGCGUUCAUCGCCGCCUGGUUCGAUUCCCUCCGCGACACGAGUGACGAUUGUACAAGCCAGGACAAGUUCAUUCACAUGUGGAUGCACAGCGAACUCGAUCUCCUCAUAGUCCGCGACGUCAAGACAAUCCGGGGUCUGGACAAUGCGCUGAGCAAGUUGACGAAGCAGUCUCUGCCUCUGUCUCUGAGGAGGGUUGUGGACUUUGAGGCCAAGGAAAUUCCGUUCAUGCGAGAGAAGGGCGAGAUUUCUCAGGACGAUUACGACAAGUACGGUCCCUCCCUCAUCCUCCACUACGUUCUCGCAGUAUCGAAACUCGGGACCGACAUCUUCGAAAUGCGUAAUCAGCUCAAAGACAUACGCGAAGCUAGAAUGAUGGAAGAGCUAGCGAAGCGCCAACACAAUGGACUUGCUGCGGUGGAUUGGGACUCCGAGCCUGUCCGCUCACUCGUUCAGGCUAUCGAUCCGUCACUGCCGGCACCAAAGGCUAUCCAGAACCGGCCUCGCUCGGACCUCACGCGUGUUCCUUGGAUGGAUGUUGAUGACUUCAGGCUCUUGAGAUCUGGUUUCGAGAAAUUGAGGGAAGACGAGGAGAACUUGGCGUCCGCUCUGGGAGGAACGACUUUGGCAUGA